AUGUUGUUUUUGAAAGAUUUCUUAAGUUAUAUUACAAUUGCAAUUUUCUUUUUAACCCAGUUAGCCUCUGCUGCUAAGGGAUCCAACACUAAAAACAAUGCAAAUGCUGCUAACCAACCAGCUAUUACCCAUAAGGUCUAUUUUGAUAUCACUCAUGAUGGUAAGCCAAUUGGACGUAUCACAUUUGGAUUAUUCGGUGACAUUGUACCAAAGACUGUAGAAAACUUUUAUCAAUUGACUAUUUCCCAAGAUCCAAAAUUCGGUUACUUGGACUCCACCUUCCACCGUGUCAUUCCAAAUUUCAUGAUUCAAGGUGGUGAUUUUACUCAUCAUUCUGGUAUUGGUGGUAAAUCCAUCUAUGGUGCAAGAUUCCCUGAUGAAAAUUUCGAUUUGAAACAUGAAAAGCCAGGUCUUUUAUCUAUGGCAAACGCAGGUCCAGAUACCAAUGGCUCUCAAUUCUUUAUUACUACUGUUCCAUGUCCAUGGUUAGAUGGUAAACAUGUUGUCUUUGGUGAAGUUAUUGAUGGCAUGGAUGUAGUCAAAUACAUUGAGUCUGUCAAUACUGAUAGAAGAGAUAAGCCAUUAAAGCCAGUCAAGAUUAGCGCUACUGGGGAAAUCGUAAAUGGCAAGAGUGGUAAGACCUCUAAACCAAACAAAGGCUCCAAAUAUGAUGAAUUGUAA